ACGUGACACAAACUUUCGCGACCUACGGAGCAGUAGCGCAGAGCGCAACCGAGCGCAACGCGCCGUGUUUACUGUCGCCUCCACUAUUUCUGAGGGCAACUGAAAGUUGAACCACUUGUGGGGCAGCGCCUUAUCUGGUGGAGUUACAAAGUACCGUCGCCGAAGUGUUUUUACAGAUCAUUUUCAGCGUAGCAAUGUGUGAAAUGAAAGGACGCUGUCAUUAGCGCAUUCGUGGUGUCCAAAGUUGUCUUUCCUCUGUGUUAGACAGUUUUAAUUAGUCAGCUAACUUACAAGGACUCGCUAGCUGGGAAAAGUGGAGUGGACACCUGUGAAACCUACUAACGUUAGCUUGCUAGCAGCUAGCUGUCUGACUAUUCUAAGUUGCACGCACGCCAAGUUCGUCUUUUUGGUCACUUUCUGUUGUUAGAGAAACGUAAUACUAAGGGGUACCAUUACAUCUAACGUUAUAGUAUUUCCUAAAGUGAUCCGUUGUAAAACGUACCACGUUAAAACAGAGGACAUAUGUUGAUAUUAUGGUGUUAUGUCAGUCUAACGCUAGCUGUAUGAGUCGGCAUGGAAUGUAACCAACAUUAGCUAACAAUAAUGUUAGCGGUGAGCAACUGGCUAUCUUAAACUUACAUUUGAGAAUUCGUUAACUAGAAACGUUACGUGGGCAGCUUAUUAGUGUCCCAAUCGGUUAGACAGAUUCUAUCAAUGAAGUCUUGCUCCUUCACAUAAAGUAGUUUAAGUUAACGCCAUCUGAUGUGUCGUUGUUCAACAUAGCCAACUAAAUUAACGUUACAUUUGCAAAUCUUCAUUAACAUUAAGAUACUCUGGGCAGUUCACAUUCACUUAGUAGAUUACCCCAGCCUAGUUUGUAAUAUUAGUUUCAGCGAAACCGUCCCAUUGUUUUAGACAGAUUGCGUCCACGGAUAGCAUCAUGUUGUUGUUCUAAGGCACGUGUUUUGGACAGCGCUUGUGAAGAACAGCUCAUUCAUAAUGUGAAUUAAGUCCAGGGUUGCACCUUCAGUGGCCAGUAAGGUCAGGAUUGAGCCUGGGCUAGCCGUCUCGGCCGCCUAACAAGGGCGAUUUAAGUUGUUCGGAAACCAGCAUUUGGGAGAUUUUAGUCGGCAAAAUGAGUUGUCACAGUUUCAGGAGAAUAGCAGGCUUUGGUCGUCCAGUUGUGACGUUAUUUGGUAGAGGGUCGUGCUGUGGCAAAAACGCGUGGCUAGCUGGCAUACGGAAGGUUACAACGCCAGCUGAUACUGGCUUUAUGCCAUCUAGAGUUGCGGUAGUCACAAAGACUACCAGAUAUGAAUUUGAGCAGCAAAGAUAUCGAUAUGCCGGACUCUCUGAGGAGGAUCUGAAACAGCUGCUUGCACUAAAAGGAUCCAGCUACAGUGGGCUUUUGGAAAGACACAACAUCCAUACAAACAACGUCAGACACAUCGUGGAAAAUUUGCAGAAGGAGGGGAUUGAGGUGUGUGUGGUCAAGCGAGGGGAGUACGAUGAGGCCGUUGUCCAGUGGGCGGAUGCCAUCAUCUCGGCGGGAGGUGAUGGGACAAUGCUAUUGGUCGCCAGUAAGGUUUGUGACAAGAGCAAACCUGUUCUCGGCGUGAACACAGAUCCAGAAAGGUCAGAGGGUCACCUGUGCUUGCCAGUGCGCUACACUCACGCGUUCUCUGAGGCGUUGCAGAAACUGCGAAGAGGUGACUUCAGGUGGCAGUGGCGGCAGCGGAUCCGUCUGCAUCUGGAGGGCAGCGGCAUCAACCCCACGCCUGUGGACCUGCACGAGGAGCAGCUCAGCCUGGAGCAGCACAGCCAAGCACAUCGCAUCAGCACGCAGGCAGACCGUAUUCAUGACGGCAGUUCGGGUCCACGACUACUGCCGGUCCGCGGCCUGAAUGAGGUCUUCAUUGGGGAGUCUCUGUCCAGCAGGGGGAAGUACUCACCCCUCACACCCCAUCUCACCCUCUCGCUCCAUAGGGCCUCCUACUACGAGAUCUCCAUCGACAACGGGCCGUGGGAGAAGCAGAAGAGCUCAGGCCUCAGCAUCUGCACGGGGACAGGAUCCAAAGCCUGGUCUUAUAACAUCAAUAAAUUGGCGGAGCAGGCUGUGGAGGAUGUCCUCAAAAUAGGUAAAGCUAGAACUGGCCUGGACAUUCCCCUGUAUGAUCAUUUCAUCAGAGAUGUGACGGAGGAAUAUAACGAGCAGCUGGUCUUCAAUCCGGAGGACAGCAAGUUGUUCUUCAGCAUCAGGGAGCCCAUCGUCAACAGAGUCUUCUCCAACAGCCGCCAGCGUGGCUUCGCCAACAGGGUGUGUGUGCGUUCACGCUGCUGGGACGCCUGCAUGGUGGUGGACGGAGGGACGUCAUUCGAGUUCAACGAUGGCGCCAUAGCAACCAUCAGCAUGAAUGAGGCGGACCAGCUGCGGACUGUCGUGCUCGCUGACUGAGCGUGUGCGGAGUGCCUGAACACCAGAAAUGCGAUUAAGGACUGUUCCCCCAGGGGGCGCUACACUAUCUAUGGGCAGGAGGACGGUCCAGUCCACACAUGCUGUGGAGAGGGAGUCUGGCGAUAGCUGAAGUCUCCCACCACCUGUUUUUAUAUAAUAGCCAAUGGAUGAUCGGUUUUGACCCCUUGUGUGUGUUGGGAUGAGGAUUUUAUUUUAUUUCACUUUUAUUAUGUGUGGUGUAUUGGCAUUGUCCUUGGGACUUUAAGGACUGUUACAAGCAAGCUAUCCGGGUGUUGGUCCCAGAGUUUUUGCCUUCCGCCCAGUGUUAACAUGCCAUUGUAGUCUGAACACAAUUCCACAUGCGCCCAGUGUUGACAUGCCAUUGUAAUCUGAACACAAUUCCACAUGCGCCCAGUGUUGACAUGCCAUUGUAAUCUGAACACAAUUCAAUAUGCUUCUUGAUUUCUUCUGUUGUGGCUCUUUCCCAGCGAAGUGCUUCAGUGACUGCAGAGGGCGUCAAAGUGGCCGUCCUGGUCACAUUUGUUUUCACCUUUGGGUGCCAAAAGGCCAUAUAACCCUGUUAAAAAACAUGUACUUUUGAAAACAGGCUGUAUAACCCUGUUAAAAACAUGUUGUACUACUGAAAACAAUUCAGUUUGCUUGAAGAUUAUUGCCAAAUGUUACGUGUGUAGAAACUGCCGUUUGAAUAUGAAUUGUGUUGCUUUGGCUAGAUAUAGAUAUAUUGAAUGCUUUUCCCUUCCACAUGUGCCAACGGUGUCCAAAAGCUCUUUUCCUGGGUUAGCUAUGACCAUGUGGAAUCAACAGCUGAUUUGUUGCUCAGAGCUUCUAGUGAUCACCAGACAUGCUAAUGAAUUUAAAUCUGUGCACGCACACUCAUCACUUCAGCCUCAGCCCACUCUUCCCUGAUGCUUGGGUCCUAUCUCAAGAUACGGCCAUGUGUAUUGUAUGCAUGAUGCAAAACUAAAACACUUUGAAUACAGAGAUUAUGUUGUAUAUUAAAAGGGAUUACGUA